CUGCCUGCAAUUGUAACUCAAAUUUAGUUACAGUAGUUCUUUAUGGAAAAAGACCAAACAGCGAGGGAACGGCUUUCCCUUUCCCCGCCCUAUUUCAGAAGAAGGAUCCCGACCCGAAACGUCAACUUCCCGCUCCUCUGAUGCUGCCUGGCCUGCUUUGUUCCUCCAGCUCUACGCUGUGUUGUCUCUGAUUACUUCCUUCUAGAUUCCCCCUGGAUCGAGAUUCCAUCUCCGAGCACCAAGCCAUUGUUUCCAGGGAUUGUCACGAACCUCACCUUCGGUGAUCCUCCUUCCACAGCUUUCAACCUCCUACACUUUGUGCAAUACUUCUCAUGGACUAUGUGACUCAUAUACGGUAGGAAUUUCACAUCAGUAUUCUCCUAACCGGCAAGUACGUAGCGUUUUUCGACUGGGUCGUAAGGCAUUCGAUCGACCGCAACUGAAAUGUAUGGCAGAGACGGCAAAUAUUGCGCAAACUGAAAUGGAAAAAAAAAAUGCUGGCAAAACAGAUUAAAAGGUUUCACUCAGGAGGGACGCUUUUGUCCGGUCGUCCUAGUCGAAGUUACUGCGACAAUAUUGAGGUGCCCAUUGUUCUAGGGAAGGAGUGGAUUGGCUGCAAUUAAUGAAUGAACGAACAGCGACGCUGCUCUUCUGCAGUGGGUUAGAGUUACGCCAGCAGAGAGGCGCGGCCAAUACUUCCCGAUACUACAAAUACGAACCGAGCCCGCCACUUUCAAAUAUUUCUAGCGCUGCUUGCCAGAAGGUAGGAACUGUUCACACCAGACUAUGGCUACGCCGCCAAAAAGAAUGUGUGUCAGCCCCACUUUCGACGACAGCUUUGAAAAGAGGGUGAAGAAAAUUUCAAUUGAAGGAAAUAUUGCUGCGGGUAAAUCCACUUUUGUUCACAUGUUGGCAAAAGCCAGUGAUGAAUGGGAAGUUGUUCCUGAACCUAUUGGCAAAUGGUGCAAUGUUCAAACAAUGGAUGAUGAAUUCCAGGAACUUACAACAUCACAGAAAAGUGGUGGCAAUCUCCUCCAGAUGCUCUAUGACAAGCCAAGUAGAUGGGCAUAUACAUUCCAAACCUAUGCUUGCCUGAGUAGGGUUCGGGCACAGCUUAAGCCACUGUGCUCCAAAAUUCAAGAGGCUGAACAUCCUGUACAGUUCUUUGAAAGAUCACUGUACAGUGACAGGUAUAUAUUUGCCUCAAAUUUGUUUGAAUCUGGUGAUCUGAAUGAAACAGAAUGGGCGAUUUACCAAGAUUGGCAUGGUUGGAUACUAAAUCAGUUUGGUGCUCAAAUCGAGUUGGAUGCCCUGAUCUACCUUCGAGCAACCCCUGAAAAAUGCAUGGAGCGCCUCCAUUUGAGAGGCAGGGAGGAAGAACAAGGAAUUGAGUUGGAGUACCUAGAAAAGCUGCAUUACAAACAUGAAUCUUGGCUUUAUAACCGAACAAUGAGGCUUGACUUUGAAUACUUGAAGGACAUUCCUAUUUUAGUGCUUGAUGUUAAUGAAGAUUUUAAAGAUGAUAAAAUCAAACAAGAGGACAUUUUAGACAAGGUGAAGACGUUCCUGCAGACGUUGUAAUACAACAAGACUACAAACCUUAACUAGGCAUUGCACUGACUUUUUAAAUAUUUAUCAAAGUUUUAAUCCUUGGAUGGAUGAUAUGAGGAACUUAAAUAGUUACUAGUUCAGCAAUCAGGUCUGUAAUCUUGCAUGGACCCGUCGAUUGUACUUCUGCCUAAUUUGUUUUCCUGCAUCCAAACAGUCGUGACGGUCUGUCUUCUUCUAAACGUGCUGCUAAUCUCAACAACUUCUGGAAUAACCUGGUUAAGAAUGUAAUAAGAUGGUCUUACAUGAAGCAUAGUCUAGUGUGCUAUGAUGUUCUUGAUUAAUGUAUUAAUAAAUGAAUGUUACAGUAUUGUUGAUAUAAAUGACAAUAACAGUAAACUGAAGAGAAUGUACUAAUCUGGUUGAAUUCCUUACAUAUGCCAUCAGAUCUGAUGCAGGCUUGUAAUAUUAAUUCAUCAGUACCCUGCAGUAUAUUGCCACUAUUUUAUCUGUUUCUGCUUCUGUCAAAAUGCUCUCCAGAUAAAAUUACAUAUUUUACAAGUUGCACUUGCAAUUCUGUACACUUUUUUUGCAGCUUGGAAUUUUUUCUUCUUUUUCCGCUUCCAACCAUUGCAUUUUACACACCCUUUUCAAGGUUAGACUCUUAUAGGAGUAAUUCUGUAAAUAGAUGUGAAUUAUAGAUUUUUAUUAACUUUAAGUUGAGCCUUUUGGUGAUGUAUCAGUUUA